UUGAGGCGUUUAAUAUGAAUUUGAGAGAUGGUUUAACUAUAAGUGUAGUACAGUGGCGUGGAAAUUGGGUAAGUGAACCAAUUUCUCAAAUCGUUGUAAAGCCAAUAAACAGUAACCCAAUCUUAAAGCUGUUGUUGGAGAUCCCUCAUAAAAUCCAAUAGUCAGCGAUAAUGCACCAUUUUAAAUCUGGAACGUCAUACAAUGUAAAAGAAGAAGAAAAACUUAACCAAUAGCCACUCAGUAAAGUGCCACCUCUUGGUGUCUGCUUUUGCUGCCACAACAACAAAGAAGCGUGGCGACGCGAGAGCAUUCAAUACCACUCACUUCCGUGUUGGCUAAAAUUCCCGUCUGUGGCUACAUUACACAGUUUGUAUUUUCAGUGAUUCUAAUGAAAAUCUUUGUUUUGCGACGGCCUUAUUUUACUAGAUCACGUUUACAUUGUAUUUGCUUUAUCAUAAAUUCCACUGUUGUUAUGAUAAAACAACUUAAUUUGCAGUAGUUUUUCGUAGGCGCAUGCGCAUUUCCUUUCUGUGUUUCUUUUCAACGGCUAACUGAAACUAUAAAUGCUUUAACGUUGUGACGGAUGGAAGUGAAGAAGUCAUAAUGGAAACUGAGGCAAAGCCAAAAGAAACUGAACCACUAGGUGAAGAUGCUGAAAAAAGUGAGGCAGAAACUACGUCUCACACAGAUGCAGGAAACGCCACAACUCAGGACUCUAGUAUUAGCAAUGGAGAUGACGCAGAUGAUAAACAGGAGAGGGUGGACUUGAAGAUUAUCUGGAACAAGAAUAAAUAUGAUCUGAAAAUUCCUGUUGAUAGCACUGGAGCCAAACUAAAAGAGAAGAUCCAUUCACUCACUGGUCUUCCACCGGCAAUGCAGAAAGUGAUGUACAAAGGGUUGCUUCCAGAAGACAAGACGCUACGUGAAAUAAAGAUUACAAAUGGUGCAAAAAUAAUGGUGGUAGGAUCUACAAUAAAUGAUGUAUUAGCUGUGAAUACACCGAAAGAGGUCAUUCAGCAGGAAGUUAAAGCUGAAGAAAAUAAGAAAGAGCCUUUAUGCAGGCAAAAGCAACACAGGAAAGUUUUGGACAAAGGUAAACCAGAUGACAUAAUGCCAGCUAUUAAAGGAGCAAAGGAACGAUUACCUACAGUGCCUUUAUCCGGAAUGUAUAACAAGUCCGGAGGAAAAGUUAGACUCACAUUCAAACUGGAGCAGGAUCAGUUGUGGAUCGGAACAAAGGAGAGAACGGAGAAAGUCCCAAUGGGCUCCAUUAAAAAUGUAGUGUCUGAACCCAUUGAAGGCCAGGAGGACUAUCACAUGAUGGCUUUUCAGUUGGGUCCAACAGAAGCCUCUCAAUAUUGGGUCUACUGGGUGCCUGCACAGUUUGUCGAUGCAAUCAAAGACACAGUCCUUGGAAAAUGGCAGUAUUUCUAAUGUGCCUCUUUUUUGACAAUGAUGAACUGGGAUUGAGAGGAGGAGCCAAUGACAAAUGAAACUGGAGUCAAUAGUGAAGCUUAAGGAACUUCUUGGAAUAUAUUUGAAGGAAACGGACGGAUGCCUGUGGACUAAUCAUAUUCUUUUUAGGCUAAAAGUGCACUAUGUGGCAGCAUAACAUUUCUCAGCCCCGUUGAUCAUUCAAGGUUUGCAGCAAGUCCAAGGGAAAACAAUGAAACAAUUGUACAGAAAUUGCUAACACUUUUCUUCAGUUAUUCUUAAAGAAAUAAAACUUAUUUAAUGAAAUGAAAUCACUAGGACAUCGUUGUUUGUUCUGUCUGUGUUCAGUGUUGAAUCCACCCAAAAUUUGUUGUAAUUUAUUUUUGAUCCAUUUUGUGUGGAACCCCAGUUUUGCACAUCUUGACAAUGCAGUACAAUUUCUGUUUGCAAAACUGGUCAAACUGUCUAGUUGCACAGGGACUUUGAGUGAACAGCCAUUUUCUGGUCCUGCCACAAACUGUGAAUUAGAUUGAAGUCUGGACCUAAGGCAAUUCCUGUGUUGUUUUGGUUUUAUGUUGGUUUUGGGUCGUUGUCUUGGUGAAAAAUAAAUCUCCCAUGUAGCAGUUU